AUGUGGCGUCAACCGAUACAAUCAGUACAAGCACAUCCCUCACACCUUGGGGAGAAAUUAUCCAACUAUCACCUCGAAAACGCGGCCCCUGCAUCUGGAUCAGAAUCACUUUACGAUGAAACGACCAAAGCUAAAAGACUCAGAAAAACCAGCACGACCCCUAGUCUCGAAAAUGAAGACGAUUCUUCUCAAAAUUCUGCUCCAGAAUCCGAACCAGUUUAUGAGGAAACCACUAAAGCUAAACGACGAAGACGAACCAGUACAACCGAAACCCCUGAUGACUAUUCGUCUGAUGCAUCAGCUCCAGAAUCAGAAUCCGUUCACGAGGAAACAACCAAACCCAAACGACAAAGAAAAACAAGCACAAAAGCGAGCUCUGACGAGACAUCAGAAUCCAUUUCUGAAGAGACAACCAAACCCAAACGUCGUAGACGAACGAGCACAACUUCGAGUCCAGAAACCGAUUACGAUUCUUCAGAAAGUGAUUCAAUGACAGCUACAUCAGAACCAGAAUCAGAAACAAGCGCGACUAAAAAACGCAGACGUAAGAUUACAACUGAUAAUCCUGAGUCAUCUGCAGAGGACGAAUGGGAUGAAACAACUCGUCGAAGGAGAAAAAGGACAGCGUCGAUUACUACCUUGACGACUCGUCCUUCGAGGUCGAGACAAGUCAAAUAUAACGAAUCAGUGGAACGAGUCAUCGAUUACUUUACUUACGUUUACCAAGAAAAGUACAAAGAGUUUUAUCAAAUGUUUUACAAAAUGGUGCACGAUUCGGAUCGAAAUGAGUUGAGAAAUUACGCAAUGAGAAGUAGUCCAUUGACGAGGGAUUAUCGUAAAUUACGUGCUCAUAGUUCUUUCCCAAUACCUGAGAUGCACGAGAGACUUUUCUAUCUUUAUAAAGAUUUGGAUAAUUUUGUCGAGUAUCAUAAUCUGACACCGAGGGACCGAUUGAAUACGACCACUGCUUCGACUCCCAAAUAA